AUGCAAUGCAAGUCUGAUAUGCUUUCACCAAGUAUUGCUUUACAUGCUUGUUUGGGACAUGGCUCAUGGCUGCUGGUGAAAAGGUUUAAUCACCAAACCUACUUUAUAUCCAAAAAGUCUAAUACGAAGAAUGGGAAGGAACCAAAUAAAAAAAGGGCUGCUUUGGCUUCCUUGGGACUGAAUUAUGAGUCCAUGGUGAAGGGACGUGUUGAAGUACAAUUAUUAUCCGAGGUUGAUCAUUUAUUAGAGAUUGGCAAAUCAGCUUGUCAACCACUAAUGGGAGAAAUCGAGGGCCAUUCUGAACUCAUUCAUGCACCUUGCUGCAAGCUGAAUGGCAUGGAAGAUUCUGGAAGCCGUGAAAGGAAGGAGGAUAAUGAUGAAUUCCCAUCUCUAACGGACUUUGAAGAGAGAUGUCCUCCAGAUGGAACUGAUUCAGUCAUACCCUACACCACCGGCCUGAGAGGAAUCUGGAAAACUUUCGAAGACUGUAAUGCAAUCCGGUUUCUUUUGGAGAGUUUUAGAGUAGUUCACUACGAAAGAGAUGUUUCGAUGCACUUGGAAUAUAGAGACGAGCUGUGGAGAGUACUCGGAAGUCGAGUAGUUCCCCCGAGGGUUUUCAUCAGAGGUAGAAACAUUGGAGGGGUUGAUGCAGUCGUAGGAUUGCACGAAAAGGGAAAGCUAAGAAAACUCUUACAAGGGAUAUCCUUAACUCAAUCAAAUACUCUUUGCAAUGCUUGUGCUGGAAUGCAUUUUGUUUUAUGUUUCCACUGCAAUGGCAGACGGAAAAUCGCUCCGGAGGAGCAAGCCAAUGUAUUAUCAACCAUAAGGGGUCCAGAUUGCAAUGAAAGUGGAUAA